UCCCGCCGAUGCAGCUGCUUCCGGGCUCGGCGGCUCCGGGCGCCUCCGCGAGGCCGGGCCGCAGCGCUGGGUCUGUGGCGGUGGAGCGGAGAAGCAGAACGCCCGGGCGCGUCGGCCCGUGCUGCGCUCGGAGGCUGGGAUCUCUAAGGACAUCUCCGUCUUGACCUUGAGGACGCGGCUUAUUUGCUGCGCCUUCACGGCCGCGGGGGUGGGCCACGUUGUGGGAAUCGUUGCCCCUAAAUCGAAAGAGGUACGCCACAGGCUAGGGAGAGCUGGACUCCUUCAUCCGUCUCCGCAGAGACUUCCUGUUCCGUGAGCUGCCGGGGGCGGCGGUGUAGGGCUCCUUGGCUCCAGGAGGAGCGAAGGACCCCGGCCGCCUAGCGACCUCCUUGAUGGAGCACCUCCUCCGCACCGGUUUCUGGGGCACCUUGGGGCGUGGCCUUGGUGAGUGAAACUUGGGGUGCUGCCCGCUGGGAAAGAAAUCCGGAAUUAGAGGAUUCUGUGGGGGUGACCCAGGCCUGGUGAGGCCCUGAGACUGAAGUCUGCGGGUGGCGUUUCUUUUUUACCCCGAACUGAAAAGAAGCUAAGCCACGCUGGACGCUGCAUGACCGUCCGGGGAAAUGGGGGGCCCUUUAUGAAUUCGGAGUAGGCGGCAUCACCAAUUACCUGUUGUAAACCUGAGCAGAGUCUGCCUUCCAAAGGGGGCCCGUGAAGGGUCCAAAAGUGGUCCUGAACCUGGGGGCGCUCCUCGCACACCCCAGCAAUGUUCCUGCGACGGCUUGGUGGCUGGCUCCCUCGCCCGUGGGGCCGCCGGAAAGCAACACGGCCUGCCGCGCCUGCCCCCGAACCCAGAUGGGUGGAUAGCUCCCCUGAGAAUUCGGGCAGCGACUGGGACAGUGCCCCAGAAUCCAUGGGAGAUGUGGGAACUCCCAAGACUAAGGACUCGGGGACACUGAGGAGCUCCAGGGCCGCUCCGCAGCCAAGCAGGGAGCCCCAAGUUGAGCAGUCCGGGAGCAGGAGAGUGGAUUCCCCCAAAUGGGACCAUACUCCGGGGGGCACUCAAGAGUCCGGGCUACUGGAAGCCAGAGGAGCCAGUCCAACACCUGGACGGGACCCUGUGGACUCAGGGGGCACCACGAGACCCACUGCUGCCCCUGAAGGGGGACUGGGUGUCCUUGGGCCAGAGGCCUCAGUGGAGAAACCUGGCCGACGCCAGAAGCUGCUGGGCUGGCUGCGAGGGGAACCAGGGGCUCCCCCAGGGGACCCCGAGGAGCGUCUGCAGAUCUCCACCAACCUGACGCUGCACCUGCUGGAGUUGCUGGCCUCAGCCCUGCUGGCUGUGUGUUCCCGGCCCCUGCGCCUGGCCUUGGACGCACUGGGGCUCCGGGGGCCUCUGGGCCUCUGGCUGCACGGGUUGCUGUCCUUCCUGGCUGCCCUGCACGGGCUCCACGCCGUGCUGAGUCUACUGACCGCCCACCCCCUGCACUUCGCCUGCCUCUUCGGCCUCCUGCAGGCCCUGGUGCUGGCUGUCAGCCUCCGGGAGCCUGGUGCGGGUGAAGCUGCCACUGACUGGGACGGCGAGGGGCUCCGGAGUGAGGGCCAGGAGCAGAGAGGAGAGCCAGGGAAGGGGCUGGGGCCAUAGUGGGGGCAAGGAGGGAAGAAGCUAGUGUGGCCUUUAGGAGGAAUGGUGCGUCUUGAGCACAGGGACCUCAGGGACGGGGAAGCAGCCCCAAGGAGCACCGCACAGGGCCUCUUCCUCCACAGGAGGGAACAGAGCUGUCAGCACCCUGACUGUGGAUGGUGGGACAUCGCCCUGGAUUCACCAGCUGUUGUUACCCUUUGCUUUUAUAUUUCUUCCACCUAUAGUUUUUUCCUUCACCUCUUUUUAAAAAGCCAAAAAAAAAAAAGUGUGAUGGUGGAGCAUAGAGAACAGAGGGUCCUUUCCAGAGAGAAGCAGGACCGAAAGCUCUGCAGGGAGAAAGUAGCUGGGAGCCCGCGGUGUCCCUGGGGGGUGGGGGGUCCCAGAACCUGGGCCACCUAGGCAGGAGUGGGGGCUUUGCUCGAAGUCAGGGUGUGAGGCUGGGGGAUAGAGUCUGCACUGGACCCACGGAGCAGGAUGCCUGCAGGGAAGAUUGGGGCUCACUGGGGUCAUGAGUGGGAUGGUGUGGGCAGUACCGUGGAGGGCAGCUCAGAGGGCCGGACAGGCAGGGGGAUGGAGCUUGGAGACUCCACGAGGGGUCAGGGGUUUGCUCACCCAGCAAUAAAUACCUGUGUCACACUAAUCCCUAAAUACACCACUACAAUGUGA